AUGAGACUUCUGAGAGCUCUACGAGAUGCUUCAAGACAAAGAAUGCCGCGAAGUAUACCGCGGCGAGCGCAGCCUACACCGGCUAUUCCGCCCUCGCUACGGAAUCGGCCGCCGCCUGAAGAGUUAGGGCCGAAAUUCAAUCCGGAUGCGUCGAAGGAGGGCAAGCAGAGAUUACUGGGUAUUCGACUUUUGAUGAUGUCGGUUCCGUUGUUUGCGAUUUCGAGUUAUAUGAUGUACAAACGGGUUUAUUUGGGCGAAGAGCAGAAGAAGCAAAUAGGCUUCGUCACUGAAGACGGCAUUCGGAUUUUAUUUUCGGAUUUGCCUGACAGCGAUGAGCGAAAGCCCAAGGAGUAA